AAUUAUCCAAAAACAAUGGUGGUGCCCAAACAGCUUCAUCCACAAAAUUGGUCAGUUUCGUCUCUCCCCUUUGAUCCAUCUUUUGUAAAAUAAGCAUCAGAUUCUGUGAAAUUUCACUUUUCCAUGGCCUUUCCCGUUCCUUUGCGAGAGGUCUCCACCGUCUCUGCCGAAAUCUUCUGUAAUUGUAACCCUAGAGAUCAUAAGAGCCUCACUUUAUGCAGGAAGUCCGGCGGUUUUGCUUCUUGGGCCAGGGGUAGGGUUUCUGUUAAGAGUAGCGGGUUUACGGUUUCAGCGUUAAAUCAAAAUUUGAGGUUGCACGGGCAAUUUUCAGCUCCGGUGAAGCGAGGGUCGAGGCAGAGCAAGGAAGAGGAAGAGAAGCAGGAUUAUUAUGUGAAUUUGGGUUAUGCGAUUAGGACUCUACGAGAGGAUUUCCCACAGCUCUUUUAUAGGGAGCUUAGUUUUGAUAUUUACAGGGACGACAUUGUACUUAGAGAUCCGAUCAAUACCUUUGCUGGAAUUGAUAACUAUAAAUCAAUCUUUUGGGGACUACGAUUCCAUGGCAGGAUAUUUUUCAGGGCUUUGUGGGUUGACAUCGCAAGUGUGUGGCAGCCUGCAGAGAAUAUCAUAAUGGUUCGCUGGACUGUCCAUGGCAUUCCUCGAGUUCCAUGGGAAAGUCGUGGUCGAUUUGAUGGCACUUCCGAAUACAAACUUGACCGGAAUGGGAAGAUCUUUGAGCACAAGGUUGACAACAUUGCUGUCAAUUCUCCUCCUAAGUUCCGAGUGUUGGCUGUGGAGGAACUAAUUCAAUCUAUCGGUUGCCCCUCAACUCCUAGGCCAACUUACUUUGAAAUUUCAUCUUCAUCCUUGUGGAGAAAUGAUAGUGACUGAACUAAAAGGAAAACGACAUCCAGGGGACCAGGAUUCCGCGGUAGCUGUGAGCUAUUCAACGUCGCGUAAGUGGAGCUGAAGUUCAGUUUUGGCACACAAUAUACUAUACAACUAUAGUGAGUAGUAACUCUUGUAACUUAUAGCAUUAUUCAUAUGCUUAUGCUUUGUUCAGAGGGCAGUGUGUUUAAUGGAGUUGACUUGGAUCAUGCUUGGCUUGAUUCAUAUACUAGCAUCCUCAAAGAAAAUAAUGACUGUAUAUAAACUUUUGGAAAUAUGUAAGUUGUAGUUUCGGAGUUAAAUGAAAGCUCCCCUUUUGCUGUGUUA